AAGAAAAGAUCCCUUACUAAGCGAUUACUACUACACCUUAUAUAUCCUCUCCAACUAUCUCAUCCUCAACCUCACAAACAUCACACAAAAAAAAAAUAAAAAAUCAAAAAAUAAAAAGAAAAUUCCUUCACUGUCAAGAAUCAUCAUCUUCCUUUUUUGUCCGAGCGUUGUUCUUCCCUUCGCCUUUAGUGAUAGUGAUAAGUUGAAAAAUGGUGAGCAAAAAGCCCAGGGUGGUAAUAAUCGGCGCCGGAAUGGCCGGCCUCACCGCCGCCAACAAGCUGCACACAGCCGCCGCCAACAAGAUGGAGCUGGCGGUGGUGGAGGGCGGCACCAGGAUCGGCGGCCGGAUCAGCACCUCCGAAUUCUCCGGCGACCGGAUUGAGCAGGGCGCCACGUGGAUCCACGGGAUUGAAGGCAGCCCCGUUUACAAAAUCGCCGCCCAAACGAACUUGCUCGUCUCCGACCAGCCCUGGGAGUGCAUGGACGGGACUCUCGAGGAUCCCGUCACGGCGGCGGAGGGCGGCCACGUCCUCGCCCCCGCCUUCGUCGACCCCAUUUCCCGCCUCUUCAAGAAUCUCAUGGAUUUCAUUCAGUGCAAGCUCGACGCCCAAGCAGCCGGGCAUUGCGCCGGCGAGCUCAGCGUCGGCUCCUUCCUCCGCCGCGGCCUCGCCGCGUAUCUGGAGCUGGAGAAGGAGAAGAAGGCGGCGGCGGCGGUGGGGAGCUGGAGCAAGCGAUCGCUGCAGCAGGCGGUUUUCGCGAUGCACGAGAGCACGCAGCGGACGUACACCUCCGCCGACGAUCUCUGCACCCUCGACUACAAUGCCGAGAAGGACUACGUGCUCUUCCCCGGCGAGGAGAUCACCAUCGCCGGAGGCUACUCCGGCGUCAUCGACCAUCUCGCCUCCGUCCUCCCCACCGGCGUCAUCCAAUUAGGCCGGAAGGUCGAGCGAAUCGAGUGGGCCCCGGCGGGCGGAGACGAUGGUGGCCGCCCCGUCACACUGCAUUUUAGCGACGGGACGACCAUGUCGGCCGAUCACGUCAUCGUGACCGUGUCCCUCGGGGUGCUCAAGGUGGGGACCAGCGAGGGAUCGAGUUUGUUCGAUCCCCCGCUGCCCAAUUGCAAGACUGGAGCCAUAUCGAGGCUCGGCUUUGGCGUUGUCAACAAGGUGUUUUUGCGACUUAACCCUGAUUACCGUCAGGACGAGGGUUUCCCAUUCCUACAAAUGGUGUUCCAUCCCUCGGACUCCGACCUGAGGAACCCAAAGAUUCCUCAGUGGAUCCGAAGGACGGCAUUCCUAUGCCCCAUUUAUAGCAACUCGAGAGUUGUCCUGUCCUGGUUCACAGGACAGGAGGCUCUCGAGUUGGAAAAGCUAACCGAUGAUGAGAUCAUCGGCGGCUUUUCGAGGACGGUAUCGAAUCUGUUGCCAUCACAAAACCACAGUGAAAUCAGCCAGAAAUUUGAUAAAUUGUUGAGGACGCAAUGGGGGAGUAAUCCACUGUUUUGGGGAUCAUACAGCUAUGUGGCAGUUGGAUCAAGUUUAGAUGACAUGGACACAUUGGCUGAGCCACUACCGAAAUACAGCGGCGUGGAUUCAGCUCCGCCGCCGCUGCAAAUCCUUUUCGCCGGCGAAGCUACACAUAAAACGCACUACUCCACCACUCACGGAGCCUACUUCAGCGGCCUCAGGGAAGCCAAUAGGCUGCUUAAACAUUAUAAUUGUAUUAUUAAUUAUUAAUGGUGUAUGAAAAUUGAAAUAUUUUGUUUGUUGCA